AUGAAGGUGAAGGUGAUCUCCGUGCUGGAGGACAACUACAUGUACCUGGUGAUCGAGGAGAGCACCCGCGAGGCCGUGGCCGUGGACGCCGCUGUCCCCAAAAGGCUGCUGGAGAUCGUCAGGAAGGAGGACGUGGUGCUCAGGGCCAUCCUCACCACCCACCACCACUGGGACCACGCCAGGGGCCACGGUCCCACUGUCCCCAGUGGAAUGGCCAGUGGGGUGGUCCCACUGUCCCCAGUGGAAUGGCCAUUCGGGGCCAUCAGGGUGAGGUGUCUCUUCACCCCGUGCCACACCUCAGGCCACAUGUGCUACUUCAUGUGGGAGGACGAUUCCCCGGACGCUCCGGCUCUCUUCUCAGGUGACACCCUGUUCGUGGGGGGCUGCGGGCAGUUCUUCGAGGGCACGGCAGAGCAGAUGCACACCAACCUCACCCAAAUCCUGGGCACUCUGCCCGAGGACACGAAAGUUUUCUGUGGCCACGAAUGCACCGUCAGAAACCUCAAAUUCGCCUUGAAGGUGGAGCCAGAGAAUGAAGUGGUGAAGGAGAAGCUGCUGUGGGCUAAGCGGCGCGAUGACGAGGACCUGCCCACGGUGCCCUCCACGCUGCGGGAGGAGUUCCUCUACAACCCCUUCCUGCGCCUCACGGAGGAGCCUGUGCAGAGGUUCACGGGCAGGACAGAGCCUGUGGAGGUGCUGAGGGUGCUGCGCUCCCAGAGGGACAACUUCAAGAAGCCCAAGGAGAGACCCAACCCCCAGGCCGUGCUGGCCUUCGACUGGGGGCUCUUCGCGCCCUUCCUGGAGAAGAAGUGACCGAGUGGCAUCCCCGUGGUGCCAGGGCUCCCUCCUGGCUGUGCCCAGCUCGGAUUCACCCCCAGCUGGGGCCUGGAUUUUGUCUUUA